AUGUCUUAUGAGGGCCUAAUGUGGUGCUAUCAAUGGAAAUGGAGGCUUCGUUUGCAUGUCUUAUUCACUCUCUCCCUUAUAUGUGUGCAGCAUUCAGCUCAUGGAUGUUCUGAAUGUCGAAUGGCACUCACCCACCCCACAGGAUUUUUUUCUUCUCCCUGCUUUCCAAGUGAUUAUCCCAACAGUCAAACAUGCAAAUGGACCAUCAGAGCUCCUUCUGGAUUCAUAAUUCAAAUAACGUUUGUUGAUUUUGAAAUUGAAGAAGCUCCAAACUGCAUUUAUGAUUAUCUGACACUGGACACUGGAGACAAAAAAGUUAAUUUUUGUGGAGUCACUGCUAGAGGUUUAUCAUUUAACUCUUCUGGGAAUCAAAUGGUUGUAUCAUUCACAAGUGAUUUUAGUAUCCAAAAGAGAGGUUUCAAUGCCAGUUAUACCAGAGUUGCUGUGUCUUUGAGGAAUCAAAAAGUCAUCAUUCCGCAGUUACUGGAUCUUGAUUCUGUAGCUCUGGCAAAUACCAUUGAAAUACCAGAUCUUAAUCAGUUCACAUUGUGUUUUGAAGCAACAGAAAACAGAAAUGACAGUCAUGAAUGGAAGGCUUUCUCCUACAGUGGAUCUUCAGCUACAGAAUUAUUCAGCUUUGGAAAGAGAAAAAGUGGCCAUUUCAUAUUUAUCUCGGGCACAGAAUGUUGGUUAGAUGAUGCACUUGACACCAAUCCACAUGGAGACUUUUUCACAGAAACAUUUGAGCAGCUUUGUAUUGCAUGGGAUAGCUUCUCUCACGCUAUAGGAGUGAGUGCCAGAAAUGUGUAUAAAACAGUAAACUGUUCAGAUACUUAUGGAAAAGUAAUUCCUGGCAAUGGAAAGUUAGUUCUGGGCUCUGACAGAAAAGUGAACCCUCUCAGUGGAGAUAUUUACAACUUUCGCCUUUGGAAUUUCACAAUGAACUCCCAAGCACUUUCCAACCUCAGCUGCGAUGUGAAAGGCAAUAUUGUAGACUGGGAAAAUGACUUCUGGAGUAUCCCAGCAUCAACCCUGAAAGCAGAAAAUAACUUGAGCUGUGGUUCUUAUCUUAUCCCCCUGCCAACAAUUGAACCGACCAGCUGCGCAAACCUAGGAAGCCUUUGUCAAGCUACUGUAAAUUCCACUACUACAUCACCCACUGUCACCACUAACAUGCCUGAUACUAAUAGAACCGAUAAACAAAACAAUGGGGGACUGUUCUACAGAAUUGCUAUUACUGUCUACAAUUACAACCUCGAUGAAGAGUUCAAAGUGCAGAGUACAGUUGCAGAAUGGCUAAAUCACACUUUUCAGAACUGGAAUUACACUGUGUAUGUGGUCAAUAUCAGUAUUAUUCAAUCGAGCACUGUGAAGGAAGGUCUGAGGAAAAAGAGAAACUUAGAUCCUCAAAGUCUUGAAGUCCGGGCUCUUUUGGUUUACAAUUCUACAAAUAAUAUCAGUUUAGAAGAAAGAACAAUUCGGAAUAAGCUUAUAAGCAGCAAUGAUACAAUGGGGAAUGGCUUAAGACUUCAUGAAGUAUAUGUUGAUCCUGUUGAGAAAUGCAUGGCAGGGAAAGCCCCUGAAAAUUAUUUCUGGCCAGAAACCCGACCAACAGUGACCAACUUCAUAUUAUGUCAUGGCAGCUCCACCCAGAUUGCAUCCAGAACAUGUUUUCUAGAUCGACAAAAUUUCACAUCAUUCUGGGGCCCUCCUGACCUGAGAAACUGCUCAGAAAAUGCAGCUGAUAUAGCCAAUCAGCUGUUGAAUCUCACUGGAGAAGGGCAGCAGUUGACUUCAGACAAAGUUAAUGAUGUUGUCCAGAAGCUUAAAAAAAUUGUGAAUGAUGAGGAAAUUGAUGAGUCUUUGGGUUCUACUGUGGUCACAAUCUUUUCCAAUAUUCUGACCAGUUCUGACAAUGUUUUGGCGGCAGCAUCUUCUGAAGCUAUAAAGACCAUUGAUGCCUUAGCUUUAAAGAUUCAGUUUACGGGGCCCUCCAUGAGCAUCUCAACACGGAAUCUGGCACUUGGUGUUUCAUCUCUAAAUUCAACUUUAUUCAGUGGAUCCACCUUUAGUGUUGGUUCUCAGAACAAUGCUUCAGACUUUCAGAUUGAUUUUGGAAAAACCCAGGAAAAUUCACUGGCUUCUGUUGCUUUGCCUGCAAGCUUACUGAAAAACUUAAGUCAAGAAGAGCUUGACAUUGUAUCCAGGGCUCAAUUUACUUUUUUCAACAAAAAUGGACUCUUCCAGGACAAAGAUGCUAAUGGCAAUUUAACCAGCUUUGUGGUGGCAUGUAGCAUUGGCAAUAUUACCAUCCACGAUCUCCAAGAAUCUGUGAAGAUUACAAUUAAGCAUACCACAAAACAGGUAAGAGUUCUGGAUAAAUCUACACCUUCAUGUGUCUUUUGGGAUAUGAAUAAAAAUGAUGGCCAAGGUGGAUGGAAUUCUACAGGGUGUAUUGCACUAGCAGAGUCCAAUGAAAAUGAGACAACUUGCCUAUGCAAUCAUCUUACACAUUUUGGUAUACUGAUGGACCUGACUGGAACUGCUGCAAAAAUAGAUGCUGAAAAUACCAAAGUCCUUACUUUUAUAACAUACAUUGGUUGUGGAAUAUCUGCUAUAUUUUCAGCUGCAACUCUUCUGACCUACAUUGCUUUUGAAAAAUUGCGAAGAGAUUAUCCCUCCAAAAUCUUAAUGAACUUGAGCACGGCCUUGCUGUGUCUAAACUUGGUCUUUCUCCUUGAUGGUUGGAUAGCAUCCUUUGACAUAGAAGGGCUCUGCAUUGCUGUUGCUGCCCUCUUACACUAUUUUCUUCUGGCAACCUUUACGUGGAUGGGCUUGGAAGCUGUUCACAUGUAUAUAGCUUUAGUGAAAGUGUUCAAUACCUACAUUCGUCGAUACAUUCUGAAAUUUUGUGUCAUUGGCUGGGGCUUGCCUGCAGUGGUGGUCGUCAUUGUUCUAGCAAGCACAAACACAAAUGCAAAUCAUACUUACGGCAAAGAUGUUUAUGGCAGAAAUGCUAUGGAACAAGGUGGAGAUGAUUUCUGCUGGAUUGUGAACAGUAUUGUGUUUUAUGCAACCUGUGUUGGCUACUUUGGAAUCAUGUUUCUCAUGAACAUUGCCAUGUUUGUUGUGGUAAUGAUGCAAAUCUGUGGAAGAAAUGGAAAACGGAGCAAUCGGACAAUGCGGGAAGAGAUCCUGAGGAAUCUUCGUAGUGUUGUUAGCUUGACCUUUCUGCUAGGCAUGACAUGGGGAUUUGCCUUUUUUGCCUGGGGGCCACUAUAUCUCCCUUUUGUGUACCUCUUUUGUAUUUUCAACUCAUUGCAAGGUUUAUUUAUAUUUAUAUUCCACUGUGCAAUGAAAGAAAAUGUACAGAAACAGUGGAGGCGGCAUCUCUGCUGUGGUAGAUUCAGGCUGGCAGACAACUCAGAUUGGAGCAAAACAGCAACUAACAUCAUUAAGAAGAGCUCAGACAAUCUGGGAAAAUCUUUGUCUUCCAGUUCCAUUGGUUCUAACUCAACUUAUCUGACUUCUAAAUCUAAAUCCACAUCUAAUUCCUAUCUUAAAAGAAACAGCCAUUCUGACAAUGUUUUUCUUGACAAGCCUUCAUUAAAAUAUACCCAAGUGGAUUCAGAGCAGACAUCAAUUAUCCCUGUUCACCAGGUUAUUGACAAAGUGAAGGGGUAUUGCAGCACUCGCUCGGACAACUUCUAUAAAAAUAUUAUUAUGUCAGACACUUUGAGCCACAGCACAAAGUUCUGAGAACAUUUGGAACAAGGAAAUGCAACAGA